GAUCUGCCGUGCUCGCGGAUCGCCAGGACAAGCGUGAUAGCAAGCGUGAUUCGAGACGUGAUGAUAGAAUUUACGAGAGACGUGAUGACCCUCGCGACGAACGGCGUGAAGAACGGCGUGAAGAACAGCGUGACGACCGACGUGACGACAGAGGUGGCGAUCGACGUGAUGAUCGACGUGACGACAGAGGCGGCGAGCGACGUGACGAACGACGUAACGACGGCAGCUACUACGACAUCCGUGAUGACCGGCGUGAUGUGAAACAUGAUGACCAGCGUGUCGAAAAGCGCG